GACUAAAGGCUGUCUAAGAAGAUGGAUAAUUCUGCAUCAGCUUGUAAACCUGCAUCGUCUCCAUCAUGAAGCUGUUGGCUGUGUUCCUCCUGGUCUUUUCCAUGGUGGCUCUGACCAGUGGUGUCUCACAAGAUAACUUGCUCAAGGGGUCCUGUUGUCCUUCUGGAUGGACUCCGAUCAACGGUCGCUGCUUCCUCUACGUCGCCAGUGAAAUGAGUUGGGCAAAAGCCGAGAAAAACUGUCUGUCCAUGGGGGCAAACCUUGCAUCAGUUCACAACCCGUACGAGUACCAUCAGGUUCAGAAUCUGAUAGCUGCAGCAGGUCACGGGUCCAAAAAAGCAUGGAUUGGAGGCUCUGAUGAGGAGCAGGAGAAUAUUUGGUUGUGGAGCGAUGGAAGCCCGAUGAUCUACACAAACUGGUGUCGAGGGCAGCCUGAUAAUUGGAAAGACAACCAGAACUGUGCAGUGAUGAACUGGUCAGACAACAAGUGCUGGGAUGACCACAUAUGUGAUGUGAGUCUGCCUUCUGUCUGCGCCAGAACAGUCUGAAAACUGUGAGGUUCCCAAAGAGGCCUGAUGUGUAAAACAGAACCAGUGGAGGAUGAAUGCUAGGAGUUUCUGUUUACCUGCCAUUUUGCAACUUUAUAAA